UUGGCAAAAGUCUUCAACUUUAAAUAUGGCUUACACUAAGUGCAUUACUCUAAGCAUUUUGCUGUUGUUUACGCUUCUAGGCGCUGCCAAUGCUGAAAAACUUCCCGCCACGGAUGUAAAGCGCUGCGCUGGCAAUAAACCCUUUCCACUGGAAGUGCGUGUUGCAGGUUGCAUCAAGCCGCCUUGCAUCAUUUACAAGGGCACGGUGCAAGUAUUCGAAAUUGACUUUGUUUCACACAAGUUUGUCACAAAUGUCACAGCGCUGGUUAAGGCAACUACCUUGGGUGUCAUAACUGUGCCUUAUGAGCUGCCUGAUGAGGUUGCAGCCGUUUGUCCUAAUCUUAUGUAUGGCGCUUAUUGUCCUUUGUAUCCUACGGAAGAUGUUACAUAUUACUUUGAGUUUCCCAUUGGUGAAUAUCCUGAAAUUGGUGUCAAGAUUGAAAUAUAUCUAGUCGAUCAGGAUCAUGAUAUCGUUACCUGUUUUACCUGCGAUAUUAAGGUUAAGAAGGGCGUGUCUGGCAACAAAGUCGCUGAACUUAAUUAACUUAAUAAGCAGCUAAGUCUACUCAGCUCAAUUGGCUUCAAAACUGUGAUAAAAUUGGUUACAAAUACAUUUUUUUUUAAUCUAAUAAAACUUUCAAUACAAAU